ACAUCUAAGUCCAUCCGUGGAAAUAGCAAAAGCCAAAAUCGAAACGCAACAGAGAUGUCCCCCACAGACUAUAACAGGUCGUUACAUGGUGGCAACGGGGCGGACCAUUCAAAGAAUACACCUACUGACCGAAACCAUCUUGUCAAUAAAACACUAAAAACCGAAACGCAACAGAGAGAUCCCCCACAGGUGGCAACGGGCGGACCAUUCGAAGAAUGCGCCUACUGA